UUUUCUGUGUCUUCCCAGUAUUAUUGCUCUCUUCCUACUCAAAACUUUUCCUCAAAAAAAGGAAAAACUUAUUACAAAUUUUCCUACUAAUUCCUAUCCUUAUUCUCCCAUUAACCAAAUUUAACCGAGUUUUUUCUUGUUUCUUAUUACAAAAAAGAAAGUAUACUUUUAAGUGUUUCUAGUCAGCUGAUAGCACAAUCUUGAGAAACUUUUUGUGGGGGUUUUUUUUUUCUUUUAAAAAAAAUUAAUUUUAGUUUCUUGUUUCUUUUUUUUUUUUUUUUUUUUUUGAGAAAUGUUUGGGAGUGAGUGUUGGUGUUGGGAUAAUGUCAGUGAUUACAACUAUGUUGAAACUGAACCACAGAGCUUUACUUUGCCUUCACCCCUUCCACAAUGGCCUCAAGGUAAAGGAUUUGCUAAAGGAAAAGUCAGCCUAGGUGAAAUUGAAGCUGUUCAAAUUACCAAGUUCAAGAAAAUUUGGAAUUGUAACCCAUUAUUUGGAAAGUCAAAAUCAGUUUCCUUCUAUAGACCAGAUGAAAUUCCACAAGGAUUCUCGAUCGUCGGCCACUACUGUCAGCCAGAUGGUGAGAAGAACAUAACCGGCUAUGUAUUAGCCAUCAAAGAUUUAUCUCCUAACCAGAAGCCGAAAAAAUCGCUUCCUGCUCUUAAGAAGCCAAUAAACUACACUUUAGUUUAUAGCACGAAUGCCCUUUAUAAGGAAGUUGGUUAUGUUUGGCUUCCAAAUGCACCAGUUGGUUAUAAACCAAUGGGAUUUGUGGCUACUGUUGAAGCUAAUGAACCGAAUCUUGAUGAAGUUAGAUGCGUCCGAGCUGAUCUUACAGAGAAAUGUGAGGCUUGUGAAGUUGUUUUUAGUUCGAGUUCUCUUUUUUCAAAGAGUCAAUUUCAAGUUUGGAAAACUAGACCUUGCAAGAGAGGCAUGUUAUGUAGAGGCGUUUCUGUCGGGACGUUCUUCUGUAGUACGAGUUUCACUAAAGGCGAUGACCUCACUGUUGCAUGUUUGAAAAAUCUCGACUCGUCUCUACAGGCAAUGCCAAAUCUUGAGCAAAUUAAUGCUCUCAUCAAGCACUAUGGACCUACGGUUUACUUCCAUCCAGAUGAAACUUAUUUGCCCUCAUCCGUUCCGUGGUUCUUCAAAAACGGUGCGCUUCUAUUUAAAGACGGUAAGGACAAUGGUAUUGCUAUUGACUCGAAAGGCUCGAAUUUACCUGCAGGCGGACGAAAUGAUGGGAAAUAUUGGCUUGAUUUGCCUAGUAAAGACGUAGAAAAUAGACAUACUGUCAAAUGUGGUAAAACUGAGACCGCGGAGCUAUAUGUCCAUGUUAAACCGGCUGAAGGAGGAACGUUCACAGAUAUUGCAAUGUGGAUUUUUUGCCCUUUCAAUGGACCGGCUACACUUAAAGUAGGUUUGUUAAAUCUUUCCAUGAACAAAGUAGGUGAACAUGUUGGCGAUUGGGAGCAUUAUACUCUUCGUAUUAGCAACUUUUCAGGGGAGCUCUGGAGUGUCUAUUUCUCGGAACAUAGUGGUGGUGAAUGGGUUGAUGCACGUGAUUUGGAGUUCAUCGAGGGGAAUAAGUCAAUCGUAUAUGCAUCGAGAAAUGGCCACGCGAGUUUCCCACAUCCUGGUUGUUACAUUCAAGGCUCUACUAAACUCGGUAUUGGAGUGAGGAAUGAUUGUGCUAAAAGCAAAUACUGUGUAGACUCUAGCAGUAAGUAUCAAAUCAUUGCUGCUGAGUAUCUCGGAGAAGGAACUGUCAUAGAACCUCCAUGGUUACAAUACAUGAGGGAAUGGGGUCCGACCAUUGAAUACAAAUCGGGAUAUGAAGUGGACGAGAUAAUCAACCACCUUCCUUCUUUUUUCAGAUUUUCAGUUGAAAGUCUCGUCGAGCUAUUUCCAACUGAACUUUAUGGCGAAGCAGGGCCAACAGGACCGAAAGAGAAAAACAACUGGUUCGGGGACGAAAGGUGGUAGGCUCAGAGGCGAAUUCAGUAUCUAAAUUCAAUGGGUUCAAAAUAUGUGUGAUCUUAUUAUACGUAUUGUAUACAUUUUAUUGGUGCUUUUGGGAUUCUUAAAAUUGAUCAAUGUCCUGCAUGAUUUAGAGCA